AUGAGUAGAACAUUUUAAAGUGAUUAGCAAUAAUAAGUUCCUGAUGUUUUAGAACUUGAUCAUUUGAUUGGAUUUAACGGAAAAAAUUCAAACACUUGUUUUUAUCACCCAUUGGAUCAAAAAAAAAUAAUAUAUUCUGUAGGUGGAUUAGUUGUCAUAGAAAACUCUGAAGAUAAGCAUGAUUAGCAAUUUUUAAGGGGACAUGAUAUGCCUAUCUCUUCUUUAGCAGUUUCACCUUCUGGUAACUAUAUCGCAUCAGGUUAAAUUGGUUCAAAAUUUACAUAAACAAGAGAGGCACCUAUCAUUCUUUGGGACUAUAACAGAAAAAAAGCAAUUUAGGUUUUUAAGGGAAUGAGAGAAGGUGUUACUAAUUUAAGUUUUUCUCAUGAUGAUAAAUUCCUUGCUGCAACUGGAUAAAAUAAUACUAUUACUAUUUGGAAUACCUAAGAUUUUUCUAUUGUUCAUAACAAAGUUUUAGAGUGUUAAGUUUCAUUAAUUUAAUGGGGAGCUCCAAGAAAGUCUGCAAAUAAAUAUAAUUCUUACAUUUUGAUAACAGCUAAUGGUCCUAAUUUGCUAAUUAACACUCUUGAUUUCAAUGUGGGAUCUAUGCAAUACACACUAAAAUCUACUAACUGCCAACUACCUAGCUCUGGUUUGAUUCGUACAUAUACAAAGGCAAUCGUAGAUUCUAACUCUAACUAUAUUUUUGUUGGUACAACUGCAGGAGAAGUCUGUGUAUAUAGCAUCAAUAACUAAAUUUUCAAAGCAGCUAUUCCCGUUAGUAACAAUGGUGUUUUAAGCAUUGCUUUAUUUUAAGAUAUUUUGUUUGUUGGAAGUGGAGACGGUAGAUUAAAAAAAUUGAGAGGAAGCGAAACAAAGUGGUCCUUAGAAUCAGAAGUUUAAUUAGAUGGUGCUAUUACUUCAAUUUCACCAAUAAAUGAUUUUAAAGAACUAAUCAUUGGAACAAGUUAAAAUAAUAUAUACAGAGUUUUAACAUAGUCUGUGAAUGCUAUGCUACAUACUGAAAGUCAUUUAGCUUCAAUUUAGGGUAUUGCUUUUCCAAACAACAGAAAUGAAUUUUUUGCAACAAUUGAUUUAAAUGGAUACACUUAUAUUUGGGAUAAUAAUGAAAUGAAUGUAAUUACUAAAUUUACUCCAGGAUAAAUGAUGAGGACUUAGGGUACCUGUAUUACAAUUGCUGAAGAUGAAACAAUUGUUAAUGGUUAUUCUGAUGGAUUUGUUAGAGCAUUUUAAGUGUCUAAUAAACAGUAUUCACCUCUAAAAUGGGAGAUUGUCAAUGCUCACAAAGGAGCAGUCACAUCUGUUUUUGCAAAUUAAAAUUAUAUUUUGACUGGAGGUUAAGAUGGAAUAGUUAGAGUUUGGAGCAGAGUGAAUAGACAGCUUAUUACUUAAAUAUCAAUGCAUACUAAAGAUGUUGUCAGUGUUUUCCCUGAUUUCUAAAAAGCUAACAUCAUUCACUCUUGCUCAGCAGACAAAUCAGUACAUAGCUUCGAUUUAAAAACAGAUAAAAAGGUUAUUUUCCAUCAAGCUAAAAACGGAAGUAUUUUAGAUAUGUCAUAAAGAAAAGAUCACGAAUAAGAAUUAGUAACAUGUGGUUUGAAUAUUCCUAUUUUAUAAUGGGAUUGUGAUGUUUAAGAACCUGUUGAAAGCAUUAAUUAUCCUGAUCGCCUUAAUACUGUGGAAGUCUCUCCUUCUGGUAGAUACAUGGCUCUAGGAUCUGAUCUUGGAGAAGUAGUUAUAUUUGAAAUUGCUUCUAAGAGAUUUUAAGGUAAAUAUUUGGGUCACUCAAGUGGAAUUUCAAAAUUAAAAUGGACUCCUGAUGAAAAGCAGAUCGUUUCUGUUAGCUCAGAUUCAACUAUAUGCAUAUGGAAUUUCUUCCCUUGA